AUGCCGAGGGCAGGAAGCAGCCGCCGAGACAAGGGCUCCGACAGCGUGCUGCCGGAGUCGCGCAUUGUCAAUGAGCAGGCGGCGCACAGGAAGUCAGCGGUGGGGACACCGCGGGCGGCAGGUCGCAGACCAGCAGCAGGGACACCGCGGGAGGCAGGCAGCAGGCUGGCCGUAGGGAUGCUGCAGGCAGCAGCCAUCAGGCCGUUGGUAGGGGCGCCGCCGGCUGCGGAGCAGAAGCCCCAAGGGACAAGGGGAAAUGCCCCCGGUCGUAUACCGCCCAAGGACCCCGCCGGAGGCCAGAGGCAGCCAGAGGAGCUGAGGCCGGAUCCCGCUCCUGGGCCGAGCGCGCCCGCCCCAAAGCUGAGCGCGCCGGUGGAUCCGGAGCCGCCGGCGCCGCCCUACCCUGAGCCGAGGGCAGCGGCCGCUCCCGAGCAGCCAGCGCCGUCCGAGACCACCCCGAGCACUCCGAGGCUGGAGCAUGUGGCCGCGGUGGAGGUGGUCGCGGCGAGGGCAGCGUCGGUGUGGCGGUCGUCAGGGACCCUAAGCGCCUCUAUAGAGUGGGCUCGCAGGGGACCUAGCACCCGGCCGCCAUCAAGCCAGGCCCCGGAACCCCUCCCGGAUGUGCUCGGAAGCGCCCAGAAGGUUAUCGAGUGGCUUGAAGCGGCCGUGGCGGCGGAGCGAGCUGAGCUCAACAGGGACCGCGCUACUCUCGUUGAAGAGAGGGGGUGGCUGGAAGAGGUCGGCAGGCUCCUGGAGGUCCGUAUCGCCUCAGCCCGCAUAACCCAUGAGGGGUCGAUGCGUGCAGUGGCCGAGGAGCGGGAGGCACAGGAGUAG